AUGGAUAUUCAUGUUCUUCAAAGCCAGCCCGCCCAGAAGGUCGCGUUUAAAGACUCUUCCACGGUUCGUGUGGGUAAUAAACUUGUUCGCAAUGAGCCGCCCACCCAGCCCUCUGCUAUGCGACCCAGGCGUAAUUCAAACGCUGUAAAAAGUAAUGUACAGUCUGCAAAUGAAGCGGGAGUUGUUGUUCCACCCGCCCAACCCACGAGUUGUCAUUUGGUCCGCGGCGGAUUCCAGCCGCGCCUUCCGACUUCGCUGCCGCCCCCAGGGCAGCAGCAGCAGCCGUUGCCGCUACCAUGCCGACAGCCCGUCCCGUUGAUGCCUCCCGCGCAGCUUCAUCCGGGAGCGCCCCAGGUGGUCGCUCCGGCGCCUGCGGUCCCUCUUCAGUCGCCACCGCCUUCGGAGCUGAUGGACGUCGACCCCUCAGCCGGGCCGCCUUCCCAAGCGGUGGCUGUGCAGCCUGACCUGCAGCCGCUUUCCUUGGGCACCCCCAAGGAGUCUGACACCGCAGCGCCUUGUCCGGCGCCCACUCAGCAGCCGUCGACGCAGCGUCAAGAGACGCUGCCUCUCUUCGUGGGUCCCGACGCCCCGUUGCGUCCAGUACCAGAAGCUGCGCCCGUGGUCACAGGCGUGUACCCUGACCUCGGUUUUCAGUCGGUGUUUCCCGAGGCCCCGCGCAGCCAAUGCUGGGGUUAA